UCUCCCUCCACCUGCCUGUUUCCCUUCUUCUUGUCUCCUUGUCUUCGGCCCCCACCGCUCCUCCCCACACCCCUUCCUCAUGAGCUGGUCCCCAGAAGAGUGCAGGGGGCAGGAAGAGUCCCUGGGUGACAGACAUGCCCUCUGUGCCAGGCUGGUGGAGAAGCCCCGCAGUGAGCCUGCAGAGGACCCGAAGUCUGGCCCGGGACCCAUCGUCACCCGCACGGCCUCAGGACCUGCCCUGGCCUUCUGGCAGGCGCUGCUGGCCGGGGACGUGGGCUCUGUCUCCCACAUCCUUGCCGACGCCAGCACUGGCCUGACACCAGACUCCAUCUUUGAUACAAGCGACCCAGAGCGAUGGAGGGAUUUCCGCUUCAACAUUCGCGCUCUGAGACUCUGGUCUCUGACGUACGAAGAGGAACUGACCACCCCACUGCACGUGGCGGCCAGCCGGGGCCACACGGAGGUCCUGCGGCUGCUGCUGAGGCGGCGGGCGAGGCCCGACCGCGCCCCUGGGGGCCGCACCGCCCUGCACGAGGCCUGUGCCGCCGGCCACACCGCCUGUGUCCACGUGCUGCUGGUGGCAGGAGCCGACCCCAACAUCCCUGACCAGGAUGGGAAACGCCCCUUGCACCUCUGCCGGGGGGCUGGCACCCUCGAGUGUGCAGAGCUGCUCCUGAGGUUUGGGGCGAAAGUGGACGGUCGUUCUGAGGAGGAAGAGGAGACCCCUUUGCACGUGGCCGCCCGGCUGGGCCAUGUGGAGCUGGCAGAACUGCUUCUCAGACGGGGGGCAUGCCCAGAUGCCCGUGACGCCGAAGGCUGGACCCCACUGCUGGUGGCCUGCGAUACGCGCUGCAUGUCCCCCACCGAUGCUGAAGCCACCGCAGCCCGCUGCCUCCGGCUGUGCUGCUUGCUUCUCUCGGCCGGCGCCGACGCUGACGCGGCGGACCAGGACAAGCGGCGGCCCCUGCACCUGGCCUGUCGCCACGGCCACGCCGCUGUCGUGGAACUGCUUCUGUCCUACGGCGUCAGCGUCAACGCUAUGGACUACGGAGGACACACAGCCCUGCACUGUGCCCUGCAGGGCCCGCCCUCGGCCCUGGCCCAGAGCCCAGAGCAUGUAGUGCGGGCCCUGCUCAACCAUGGCGCCGUUCGAGUCUGGCCUGGGGCUCUCCCCAAGGUGCUGGAACGCUGGUGCAUGUCCCCGCGGACCAUCGAGGUCCUGAUGAACACCUACAGUGUCGUGCGGCUUCCUGAGGGGGCUGUGGGCCUGGUGUCUCCUGAAACUCUGCAGAAGCACCACCGUUUCUACUCCUCCCUCUUCGCCUUGGUGAGGCAGCCCAGAUCGCUGCAGCACCUGAGCCGCUGUGCGCUCAGAGCUCACCUGGAGACCCGCCUGGCCCACGCCCUGCCCCGCCUGCCCCUGCCGCCCCGCCUGCUCCGCUACCUACAGCUGGACUUCGAGGACGUGCUCUACUAGGCACAUCUCUGUCCAGAGGAACACCGUGUUUUGAGAGAGGCUGAAAGCAGAUGCCCCAGGCCCCAGGGGCGCCGGACCACUUCUCAUGGUGCCGCAGACCCAGGGCUGAACCGAACCAACUCAAGCCGAGGUGGCCCCCUCCGCACGAGGUCCAUCUCCACAGGGAGAGUGGAUGCUGCCAUUCCCACCAGGGAGAGGCAAACGGACCGUGUUUGUUGGAGAGAGAGAGAGAGGACUCAUGGCAAGUAAGACUCUCGUCUUGGGGGGGGGUCUCCUGAGGUCCGCGCUGGCUGAUCGAAAUCCUGUAUGCAUAUUAAAGUCUCCAGACCUGUGUAUUUGGUGCUGUCUCUAACAGGCCUGACCAACAUUGGGACUGACAGUGAUGGCCUCUCAGUU